AAGCACGUAUUUUUUUUUUUCAACUGACGUCUCUCUCCUUUUAGCUAUUCGAUCUACUUUAUUUCUCUCACCCAGGUUCGGAAAUGGUAGUGUGAGAAGCCAUUUCCAGUUCGUCUCAGCUACCUUCAUCUCAUUCCCUUAAAAGCAAGAAGUUAAAAUCAGAGUCCGACUGAGACUGACAUAUCGAAUAGUGAGAGUGAGCUAUAGCGAGGUAGCUAGCUGGUCGAUCAUGCAUAGGGUAAUGGAGAAGUCAUCAUCAGGGGGGCUCAGCCACCUUUACAUGACCAUCUUUCUGCACAACUUUGCGACGUUCAUGGUGAUUCCGGCCAUCACCGAUGUUACAAUGGCUGCACUUUGUCCCGGCAGAGAUGAGUGUUCCAUCGCUAUUUACCUCACCGGAUUCCAACAAGCGAUCGUAGGGCUGGGAACACUGGUGAUGAUGCCUUUGGUAGGAAACCUCUCAGACAAAUGUGGGAGAAAAGUUCUGCUCACGAUUCCAAUGAUUUUAACUAUAAUCCCAUUAGGUAUAUUAGCUUAUAGUAGGACGAGGAAUUUCUUCUAUGCUUACUUCGUGGCCAAGACUCUCACAGCCAUGGUUUGCGAAGGCAGCGUUCACUGCCUCGCCCUCGCAUAUGUGGCGGAUAAUGUCCCAGAAGGUCGACGAGCCUCGUCGUUUGGAAUUCUCUCCGGGAUUAGUUCCUCCGCAUUCGUCUGCGGAACCCUGUUUACUCGUUUUGUAUCAACUCCCUCAAUGUUUCAGGUUGCGACAUCGGUGGCGGUGGUAUCAGUAAUGUACAUGAGGGUUUUUCUACCGGAUUCGAUCAUAGACGACGGCAUUUCCGCCCCAUUGCUCUCAAAUGGAAAGGCAAAAGCUUCGAUAUCGGAUCAAAGCUCAAAUACGGAAUUACAGUCGCCCAAGGCUUUACCAUCAAUACCUGAUUUAAUCGCAUUGUUGAAAACUAGCCCUACAUUUUCGCAAGCUGCAGUUGUUGCGUUUUUCAGCAAUCUGGCCGAUGUUGGUCUUCAUGCUUCACUAUUGUACUAUUUAAAAGCCCGGUUUCACUUCAACAAGGAUCAGUUUGCUGAUCUAAUGGUGAUUUCGGGGGUUGCAGGCACUAUUUCACAGCUGGUUCUCAUGCCUUUACUGGCUCCUGUUUUAGGAGAGGAGAGGUUGCUUGCGAUAGGGCUUCUUUUUAGCUGUGCACAUAUGUUCCUUUAUGGCCUUGCGUGGUCUUUUUGGGUUCCAUAUGCUGCUGCUAUGUUUUCUAUCUUUUUCGUAUUUGCACAGCCAUGUAUGCGAAGCAUUGUAUCUAAACAAGUUGGGCCGUCUGAGCAGGGAAAGGCUCAAGGCUGCAUAUCAGGCAUAUGCUCCUUUGCAAAUGUUAUAUCUCCCAUUGCUUUCUCUCCUCUAACAGCUUUGUUCCUGUCUGAAAAGGCGCCAUUUAAUUUUCCUGGAUUCAGUAUCAUCUGCAUUGGAUUUUCUGUGAUGGUAGCCUUUAUUCAAAGUGUGAUGAUUAAGGCUGCUCCUCCCAUACCAAAUGGACCGGUCAGCAGCAACUGCAAUCACUUGGAACCUUAGUUUGCCGAGCAGAAGUUUUUCAUUGUUCGGCACACUACAGCAACUAUCGAGUUGCCGUGUUUAUCUUGUCCUGGCAUAGUGCUUUCUAUAUAUUAUCAAGUAUCAACAAUUUUUGGUUGAUUUUGGAAUUGGAGGUGGCAUUGUGGAGAGCGGUAUUGUUUUCUCCUUCACCAGUAACCAAAAGUCGACCUCGAUAACUCAAUCAUAAAAUUUCAUCAUCAGAGGUUUAGAAUUGGAGUGUAUAUAUUGAAAACAUAAGACCAGUAAGAAUGUGUUAGUAUCUUCGUAUGUAUUCAUCUUUUGCUGUGUAUGUUAUUUCUCUUGAUAAUCCUGGUCAAUCUACUACAUCAGAA